CCCGCCCGCCCGGCGGGCCCGGGAAGGGCUGACAUGAGCCCGGCGGGACGCUGGGCCCUCCUGUUGCUCUGCCUACUGAAGUCCGCCCGAGGGAGGCCCCAUCUGGCCCCUCCCCAGAACGUGACGCUGAUGUCCCGGAACUUCAGCGUGUAUCUGACAUGGCUCCCAGGGCCCGGCAACCCACAGAACGUGACAUAUCUCGUGGCUUAUCAAAGCUUUGCAACAACCCCCAGACGGUGGCGGAAAGUGGAGAAGUGUGCAGGAACCAAAGAGCUGACGUGCUCUCUGAUGUGCCUGGAGAAGCAGGACCUAUUCAACAAGUUCAAAGGGCGUGUGAGGGUGGUUUCCCCCAGUGCCAAGUCCGUCUGGGUGGAGUCCAAGUACCUGGAGUACCUUUUUGAAGUGGAGCCGGCCCCGCCCGUCCUGGUAGUCACUGUGACAGAGGGGGUCCUGAAGGUCAACGCCACAUACCAGCUGCCCCACUGCAUGCCCUUGUCGAAUCUGAUGUAUGAGGUGGAUUUCUGGAAGGAGGAGGCUGAGAACAAGACCCGACUUGCAGCCACUCGCCACGGCCGGGAAGCCCAGAUCCCCCUCCAGCUAGCUACCAGUGGGAACCACUGCGUCAGCGCCAGAACCAUCUACAUCUGCGAUGAUCCUAAAUACAGCGAGUUCUCCAAGCCCACCUGCUUCUCCCUGGGGACCCCAGGAGUCGGCUGGGUGUCCCUGGUGCUGCUGCCACUGCUGUUGGUUCUCCCCGCGGGGUGUGUGAUCUGGAAGAGCUGGGUGACCUGGAAGAGCUUCGCGGGGGACCCUUGGUUUCAGCGGGCAGAGACGCCGCAGGCUCUGGACUUUUCUGGACACAGACUCCCCGUGGCAACCUUUCAGCCCUGUGGCCCCGAGCCCCUGGAUGGCUUGACCCUCUGUCCGCAAAAGGAACCAACCAGAAGGAUCAGACUGAUCUCUAGGAUCAGGGCCCCAGCCGCCGUCCAGGCAGGACCAGAGGAGGACAGAGCUGAGGAAGAGGAUGAUGAGGAGGACACAGACGACGAUGUCAGCUUCCGGCCCUACAUUGCACCCCCUCCCUUCCUGGAGCGGGAGCGCCGGACCCCGGGGCAACCUGAGGAAGGGGUCCAGGUUGAAGGCUGCCCUGCUUGGGAUUCUUCAGACAGAAGCUGGGCCAGCACUGUCGGCUCCUGCCCCUCGGACGGGGCUGGGUCCUCUGGCUAUUUAGUCAAGAAGGGGCUGGGCCAAGUGCUGGGUGAGGACAGGUGUCAGGACCCUCUGCUGCUCCCCAAAUUCUCCAAGGACUUGGGUUCCCUGAAAGAGCUCCAGAGAGAUGACCCCUCCUCCUGGGCCGGCUGGGGCUCCUCGUCACCAAGACUGAAACUGGCCCCCGGGGAGCCUCUAGUUUCUUUUCAGACACUGACCUUUGGCUGGGACAGCGGCACCGAGGAUGGGGAGGAGGAGGAGGAGGAGGAGGAAGAGGGUGGGAGCGAAUCAGAACUUGGGGACAGCAGUGCUGGCAGCUGGGGGACUGACAGCCUGCAGAGGACUGAGGCCAGGAGCGUGACACUGGGGCAUUACAUGGCCAGGUGAGCUGUCCCCCGGCUUCCUGCCAAAUCUGGUGCUACUGAGCUUCCCAAGGACCCAAGGUGCCACUGGGACUUGAAAGCCUGAGAACAUCGGCCCUGGGGGUGGCACAGUGUUCCCGCAGCGCUUCCCAAACCCCAGCUAGAGGCCGUUUGUCCGUCCGGUUGAGCAGUAAGGAGCCACCUCACGCUGGGACCCGCCAGCUAUGGGCGGAGCUCCAAAAGGACUAGAGAACAGGAUGGGCUGAGCUCAGACCACCCCACUGUCCCUGGGGUGAAAGGUCAGGUGGAAAAAUCAUCCCUGGACACAGGUGUGGCCAGGUCACAGUGGACAUCGGGGGCUGACACCACAAGGGACCGUCUGGGUCGAGGGCAGGACGUUUGGAGGCACAGCUAUGUCAGAGCCUCCUGCCUUUCUCCAGCACCCUCCCCCCGCCAAGUCUCGGGCUCCUGAUUCAUGAGCCCCCCAGGGCGGGCCACAGUGAGGAAGAACCUAGUUGACAGACGGUGUUGGAGGGGAAGGGAAGGGCGGCUGUCAGUUACAUGCCUGUCUCCGUCGUGGAGCUGCACAGGUUUGCUGUCAGGCCAGCCGACCUGGGCCCAAAUCCCGGCUCUGCCGUUGCCCGGUCCUGUGACCUGGGUGAGCGCCUUCCUCCUCUGCGCCAGGGUUCCCUCACCUGCACUUCCCACCUGGGGUGUGGGGAGGGCCUGCACGUCACUGGCGCUCUCUUCCUGGUGGCUGGCGGGGUCUCCAUCUGCCAGGGCUCUGGGAAGACUGCCCGCCCUCUCCCACUUGGCCUUCAACUCAGAGCGCCUGGGAGCACUCACCCCUCAGCUCAUCUCACCUCUUGUCUACCUCCUGUCUUCCCCCUUCCCAUCUCCACCUCCUAGCCAGGAAACCCAGCCCAGGGCGUCCUCGGGCCCUCUCCCUUUGCCCAGUAAAAAGCCAAAUGAUGUGUCUUCCAAGGGCUUCUGGAUUGUUGGGGAUGGGGCAGCAGCCUGGCAGAGACAGGACCCCCGGCUAUGACCCUGCUGCGGACAGCCCUUUGACCCUCUGGCUGGCCACUAUGGUUA